AAACUCAAACAUGCAUUAUCAAUCUUACGAUGGUGAAGAGGAAUUUGAGCCAAGAAUUAUACCAAAACCAACAGCAAAACUCGACUGCUUUGCAGUGCCAACUGUGCCAGAAAUAUCUUUAGUCUUCGAAAAACCAAUGGUACAAAAUCUGAAUGAUAGAUGCACUGAUUCAUCACCAAUAAGAUUGCUGAAACCAAUACGAGUCCUUGACAAUAUUAACAAUACUACGGAAUGCAUUAAUUCCAUGUCAUCUAUUUCGUGCAAUCCUAACUCUUACGCAGCAUGGAGGGAACAGAAUUACACUCGAGAGGCUAAUUCUAGAAAUGCAAUGCAUUUUUCACCAUUACGUAAAAACACUCAUAGCUGUAAUUAUGCAUUGCAAUCAGAUGUUUCUAUACAAAAGCAACAAGAGCAAAAUAAAAUAUGUGAUAUGCAAAAACAAGUGGUAAAUGUAAAAACUAAUGAUGGAAUAUAUGAGAAAUAUGUAAAAUUGACGUGUCCUGAUGUGGACAAUUCUUAUAAUCAUCGUGGAGAUACCCAUUCAUUACCUACAAGCAAGAGUCAUCUCUCUUGUAAUACUGUACAAAAAGCAAAGUUUAGUGUACCUGAUCAUAGCAUGAGAAUGCCUAACAAAGGUAUCCCAGACACUUUGAAGGGAACUGAAUACUUACAAAUGCCUUACACCGGAUAUCAGCAACUUCAUGCAUCUAGCCAUUCAAAUUAUAAUGUAGAUAAUAAUGAAACAGUAAAAACUUUAUUGCAACUUGUAAAUAGUCAGAGCGAACAGAUAAAAAAUUUACAACUGCAGAUAGAUAGACUAAUAAGAAUGCAGGAAGAAAGUUUUAGAAACAAAUCAACAUGUUCUUGUUCAUCGGCUCUUGCAAAUCAAGUACUGAAAUAUCCAUUGAUAAAUUGUUAUGAUACUGCUCUCAGUUCCUCUCUUGCACAAUCUCAAAACAAAGAUAUGAAAAAAAAUGAGGCUAUACAGAAUACAUCUGCUAUUGAAAAGAAAGAUUUAAAUAUUUUUGGUGAAAAUAAUAAAUUAGAAACAGCAUUGUUGGAACAGCAACCAAAGAAAACUUUUGUGGAACAAAAAGUUUCAAUUGGUGUUAUGACAAGUUUUGAAUUUACUGUACAAAAUAGUCCAUUUCUAUUAGAUUCUGAAAUAUAUGAAAAAAAGGAAGUUUGUAGAGAAAGUAAUAAUAUUAAUAGGAGAAAUGCUGUAAAUGUACAAGAUACAACAGAGCCUGUUAAAAGAUACAAAAAUACAUUUACGCACAAAACUGGAGCAGCGCAAUUGGAAAACAUAGUCGAGGAUUCGGAAAGUUACUUAUCCUCUAACCAACAGCAAAGUAGUAAUUUUAAUGUGAGUUCUUCCAUGAGAGAUUCAGAAAGACAUACUUUGAAGGAAUCAGAUAUAUAUAACGCGGCUAAUACUUCAGAAUCUUCAAAAAAGUAUCAAUAUCCUGCUACAGAUUUAAAUCGGAAAGAAAUGCACAAAAGAGUGUAUACGGUGGAAGAUGAUAAUACAAAUGAACAAGUUCGAGAUAUAAGAAAAAUGUUUAACGCCUCUAUGAACGUGGAAUGUAGUCCCAGUGCGAGCAUGAAUUGUAAUAAAAUGCUUGUUGUCGACGAUGAAAAUGAUUACAUUACUAUAAACAGAGAAAAGAACGUUGCUAACGUAAAUGCUAAUAAACAUUCUUUGCACAAUAUCCAUUUGCCUGCGACAGAUUACUAUCAGAACCAUAGGAAUAAGAAACAUGGUACUAAUACUAAACAAAUUCAAGAUGUAGGUGAUAGCAUGAUUCUCAGUGGAGGUGAUCUUAAAAUAUUGGAAAGACCACCACCAACUCCAGAACCAAGGAUUGAUCUUGGGAUGCUUGAGGAAUAUAUGAGCGAUGAAGAGAGUGAUAAAUUAAAGCAUACUCCGGAAAUAGGCUGGACAUUCUAUGACAAUGUUUUAGGGCAAGUUAAUGAAAUUUUACAAAAUUCUAGUGUUAUGAACGAUAAAAAUCAGAAUAACGCUAAAAUAAUUCGCGAAGUUGAGCAAGAAAAUGAUAUGGAAACUAAAACGGCAUUGAAUAAUGUUAAAGUAGCUACUUUGGAAGAACUUCGUAAACUUGGGAUCAGUUUAACUGAGAACAAAGAAUAUAGGGAGUCAAAUUGUGAUAAUAAAAAGUUAGAUUUUGAUUCAUCUUUUUAUCCUCGCUUGGAUCGUCAAGCAAAUAUGAUGCAUAGUGUUGUAAAUGAAACAAAUACAAGUAUGCACAUGAAAGCUUUAGCAUUAAAAUAUUUGAGCGACGAACAACUGGCUGAUAUAGCACUGCAUAAAGAAGAGUCAUCUUCAUUAAAGCAUCUCAUGGUCAGCAAUAUGCAAGGCACCAAUAUGUCGCUAGCUACAAUGCGUUAUUUAGAAAGAUAUAAAAUUCUGCCAGGAAAAAAUAACAUGCAAGUAGAAAAUACUGAUCAGACAUAUGGCGAAAUGGCGUCUAAACACGAUUUUAAACCGACGACUGGAAAAAAUAAUCCUACGCUACGCCAAUUCCCUUUUGUACAAACACCUGGUACCACUUGUCCUAGCAGAAUAUUAGAUCUUUCUACUUUAAAAAGACAACCGAAAUUAUUAUAAAUUUAAAAUUAACAUAUAUCAGCAUGUGAGCAAUAUAUUUAUUAUAUAAACGAUAUACUUUCAUAAAAAUUUUAUAGUUGUGUAAGACGAAGAA